AUGGGUGACAAAAUAUUUGCUGACAUGGACGAGCUUGGCAUCCGACCAACUGUGUUGAUUGUUACAAUGGUUGGAGAUGUAUUUCAAAAGUUGGGUAUGUUGGACAAAUACGAAAAAUUGAAGAAGAAAUAUCCACCGCCAAAAUGGGAGUAUCGUUACAUUAAAGGAAAGUGUGUUAAAAUUAGAUCAAAGUAUCUCAAUGAACCUAGCAAGGGUUUGAAUAAGUUUGAUGAUCAAGCUGGCAACAAGUAUUGUGAAUUGUUAAAGAAUGCUCAACUUCACUCAGAUGAAAUCAAUGACGUUGAUGAGUACAAAGUUGUUGAAGUAUGUUCAGCUGAAGUUGGUGAAACUAUCAUUUUAUGAUAUCCAUUAGUUUCAUAAUCAGUUACUUGUCUUAGGUUUCUGCUUGUUUGGGGCGUAUCACUUCUCUGUAGUUGUGGAGGGGAUAUUCAAUUCAACGGUUAUAUCACGUUGGUAUUAAUGAGAUGGUAUCACCAAUUACAAAAUCUCAAAUGGGCAAAGUGAACUUCACUGGAAUAGUUAUUAGUUUUACAUGAAAGAAGGGUGGAAGUUAUUUGUUUACAUGAACCAAUAGUUAUUGAUUUGUGUGGGGUCUAUUUUUUUAUUUGUCUGCAUAUUACUUGUUAGUGAUAUCACAUGAUAAUAUCAACAUGAUAUUACUGUUGCAAUGAAUAGUUUUUUUUCGUAGUCGUGAUGGUUGUAAUGUUAAAAGGGUUAUUAUCUUAUUAAGAGAUAUGGUGGCUCUCUUGAAUUCAUGCUUCCAGGCCCUUAAAGUGGCUUCAUAAUGUCCUAUAGUUGCCUAUGGA